CUGGACGUUUCUCACGUCAUUGAUCGAGGGAAUUAUACUGGCAGUUCUCAGCUCUACAGCGCCAUUCUCCAAUCUCGUGUCACCAUAUACAGAUACUCUCUCUAAAGAAGACGCAUUAACUCCUUGACAGGAAGUGAUCCGCGGGAAACGACUUCUCACAGGAAACAUUUUCGUGUUCAUUUAAGUUAAACACCAGUGAUCAAAUGCGUAAGGUUGGAAAAAAGAUUAUUGGGAGAUCUUGCACAAAUAAACUGCUACUUCUGUAGAAGCGCAAGGAAAUUAUUCUAAUUUGUUAGGAGAGGAAAAUGGAUUUAAAUACUAAUAUUAUUGCAUGUUUUAAAUAAAUUGAUAUUUAAAAAAACAACAAAAUAAUUCGUUUAAAUGAAAGAAACAAAAUAUAAAUAAUACAUUCUUAAUUUAACAAAUUCUUUGAAAGUAGAAAAAAUAUGGAACCACAUCAAGGAAACAUGACUGGAAAUGCGACAAAUUUUACUGUAGGCGGCAGGCUGGGACCGUCAUUACCAGCGAUGUAUAUAGGUGCUGGGAUUAUGCUCAUUGCGCUACUUCUAGGCUUAUUUGGAAACAUACUUGUGAUGAUUGUUGUUCUCCGGAGAAAAGAUAUAACAAAUAUCAUUCAUAUAUUUGUUGUAAGUUUAUGUAUUAAUGACAUAUUAAAUCUAAGCUUAAACAAUACAUUAGUAACAUCAUCAUAUAUGAUAGGAAAGUGGCCAACAGGACUGCUUGGAUGUGAAUUGUCGACACACUUUACCGUAAUUUUGAUGGGUUCGUCACUUUGGCAUACUGGACUCAUUGCAAUCCAUAGGUUAGUAGUGGUCGUUUUCAAUAACUUUUAUAAGAAAAUUUCUAAAAAGGGAUACACUAUAUUUUUGCUGGUUUUCUGCAGAGUAGUACCACUUCUGUUUCUAUGCCAGCCGUCGCUCGGCAACAUGGCAUACUAUGAGCCAAAACUGCUCAGAUGUAUUGUAAAAAAGGAUUACGGUCCAUUCACGCUGCUUGUUAGUGUAUUCCUUAUGAUGAUACCAUCCAUAAUUCUAAUUAUAUGUUAUAUAGCGAUUUUCAUCAAAGUACACCAAUCUUCUCAAGCAUUUCGGGCAUACAGGCAGAAAGAAUGGCUUAAGCGUGAAAUUCAGAUUACGAAAAUGUUUGGACUUGUAUUUCUGCUUAUAAUGAUUGGAUAUAUUCCGUAUGGAAUUGUACGAGCAAUUGACAAAAAACUGUCUCUAGACGCUGAUUUCUACGUUGCAAUUACCGUAUUCUUUGCUGUCGCAAACUGUUUUAACCCGGUUAUUUACGGUGUGAUGGAUCGCCAAAUACGAAAAGCUUGUUUUGAAGCGUUACAUGUUAAGUUUGGUAACGAUUCUUCCCCUGAAUUUCACAACAAGGAGACAAUGACGAAUCACACACGAAUGUCUAUUGAUGAUACCACAGCCAUACCCUUGAAGGAGCACUGUGCAAAUAACCACAUCGACGAGGAGGAUUCCUAAAUUGUUCUCUUUUUCAUUAAUUCUAAAGAAAAGGGGCGUCCAUUUGUUUGAAAUGUCAUAACUUCAGUAACAUAUGUGCGCUAAAUUAUAACAAUAUGAUUAAAUCGUAUUGACAGUAUUUAUAUACAAAUACUUGAAAAUUGAAAUAAAUAUUUUAGAGUAUAAGUCCAAAUUGACAAUCAAACUUUGCUAUUGCUCUUGAUUGUUUUAAGUGUAUAUGUAACAGUUUGUUUGAAUUUUUUGUGAUAUAAAUUCUGCUUUAAAAUGUAAACACACAACUGAAUUAUACUUAAUAGGAACUAACAAUUUCUGAAAGUAUGUUUGAGCAUAUACAUGUACCAUGGAUUGACUUGGAUUUUAAAAUUAAGGCUUGAGCAGAGCUCAGGGUAAGUUAUUGUGACAUUGUUUAAUUGGGCUUACGUGUGUUUUUGAUAUUUAUAUUGUGUUAUUAUAUAGUAACACAAAUAUUUCGUGUAAUCAAUAUUAGUGACUUUAAUUGUGGUAUUUCGUUCAUGUUACUUCAAAUAUUGAAAUAUCUUAAUAUUAUUUAGAUUACAUAAAAUAAUUGAUCAUUAUACGGUGCAGACGACAACAUUUAUCAUAUCUGCCUGAAAGGCAAAUGACUUUAAUGUACAAAUUGUAUAGUUAUGCUAAUAAAUGUUCAUUUUUU